CUUAGCCAUUUGGUCAUGGAUUAUAAUAGGCAUUGUUUUUUCAAGCGCUUGACGAAAAUUCAAAAGUCUACGAAUUUUCAAAUUUCAGCAGUUGCUGACCCAUGCACUCUUCCUGUGAUAACCGGCGAAGGGGAUGAAGAGCUGGAACGUUAUUAUUACGACGCAGCAACGAAAACGUGCCGAGCAUUCACGUACCGCGGCAUGAAAGGAAAUCAAAACAAUUUUUUAACUAUGACGGCCUGUGAGCAGCAAUGUCAACCACUCGAAAAUCCUUGUAUUGGUCAGCCAGCAACAACUGCUGCUGGUCAAGUUAUUUUUUGUUCGGCAACCAACAAGGAAAUGUGUCCGGUGAAUUUUUGGUGUCAUGUUGGAGCAACACCCGAAACAACUGUUUGCUGUCCCGGAGGUAGUUUUUUUUUUCAAACUCUGUUAUUCAUUUUCUAA